AUGUCCUUCGCGAUGCUGCGCUCGGCUCCGGGCCGCUUCCUGUACCCGGACAUCAUGUUGUCGGAGGACGAGGAGAACGGCAGCGAGAGCUCGGGCUCGGAGGAGAAGCCCUACGGGCUGGCGGCCGCCAAGCGCCGGCACGGCAAGAAGCCGGGCAGGCUGCACCGGGAGCCGCGGCAGCGGCACACGGCCAACGCUCGGGAACGGGACCGCACCAACAGCGUGAACACGGCGUUCACGGCGCUGAGAACCCUCAUCCCCACCGAGCCUGCGGACAGGAAGCUGUCCAAGAUCGAGACCCUCCGACUGGCCUCCAGUUACAUCUCGCACCUGGGGAACGUGCUGCUGCUGGGGGAGGCGGGGGGUGAUGGGCAGCCCUGCCUCACCUCCUCCGGAUUCUACCACCCCGGCAGCCCCGCGGGCAGGGACCCCGAUGCCUCCCAGCCCAAGCAGAUCUGCACUUUCUGCCUCAGCAACCAGAGGAAGCUGAGCAAGGACCGCGACAGGAAGCCGGCGAUCCGGAGCUAG